CACCCACUCGUCAUCGUGGACUGGACGUCGUGCCGUGCUGUGCGAGGUCGUCAUCACCGCCAUCACCGCCAUCACCACCACCGCCACCACCACCAUCACGCGCCCUUCCCCCUCGCCCCUCGCACGCACGCAAGCACCACGUUCCUGGCCGCCGCCCUCGCCUUUCCCCCUUUGCUCUCACAGUCAGUGGAUCACCUCCCUCCUCGCCGUCUCCUCGCCGUUCCUGGCAACGCAAGUCCGCACGCACGUCCGCACACACGCCCGCAAUCACAAUCGUCGACGCCCACUCGCCGCCCGCCCAUAAUCGUCCCCUUCUAAUCACACCACAGAAGGCGAGGCGCCCAUCGCACUCGAACCUAAUCAAGUCCAUACGCACGCAGCACGCCGCCGGAUCGUUGUCCCCACUCGCUCCCUAUUCCCCUGCUCCUCCUCCGUCUCCUCUCACGCCACGCUCCACGCCGCCCCACGACGGGGCCGCCAUGCCAAAGAGCAACGCCGACUCAGCGUUGUCGUCCUCCUCGUCGUCGGAUCGCCCUCCCCUCCCCCGCCUCGAUGGCAGCCGAGACACGCCCAAUCGCCUCCCCUCCUUCGUAGCCGACCGUCUACCCCCGCUCGUCCCACGCGACAUUACUGCACCCACACUCCCAUCGCUGUCAUCCCUCACCGACGAGCUCAGGGAUAAACGUCCCCUCACACGGUCCAGGUCCAACUCGCUACGUCGCGCUGCUUCCACUAGCGGGGUGCCGCCCUUGGAGCACCACCACCACCACCACCACCACCACCACCAUGCCUAUCGUACUCCCGGCCCUCAUUCCUACUCGCCGCCCGCAUCCGACCGCCGACUGAGCGCGCAAUGGGCUCGCGGGCAGAGCGAGGUGAGGAGCAUGGACGAUGCCUUUGCCUUCGGAUACUAUGCGGCGACGGGACCAGGUCACGCGGGUCGACCCGCCCUCCCACCUUCCAGCGCCACUUCUUGGUCCUCCUCCAGCGGUACGGGCACGUCCCUACCCCCGCUGUCCAGCAUCACGAGCUCACUCCCCUCCCCUGCAACUCCUACUGCUCCGAAUAACUCUGCAAAGAGGGCGAGAGGGUGGGGGGAGGAAGAGCAGCACGCGCUGCGUCGGGGAGGAUGGGGAGAGGAAGAGGCGCACCGACGUAGUGGAGGAUGGGACAUGGAUGGGGCUCAGAAGCGAGUGUGGGAGGACUUGUCCGUUGGUGAGAGGCAGGAGGCUGUGCAGAGGGUGUUGCAGAGGUUUAUGCGUAGGUUGGCGGCCAAGAUGGGUGAUCAGGGGAGCGUUGUGGACGACUUCUUCGUCACGGUAACCUGCAGCCACUCCGGCGUGGCCCAAAAAUCCUACGGCCACGAGAAACGCUUCCUCUGCCCUCCUCCCAUCGUCCGCGUACGCGGCCCAGGCUACACAACGCCCUCUGCUACCCCAUCAAUCGCCCGCCAGCUACGCAUGACGAUCCUUCCCGGCGCCGGCGGCGAACAAAACGCCCACGAGCUCGCCGUAUCCGAGGACGUAAUCCUGGACCGCACCCUGCAAGCCAAAUUCGGCCAUCUCCACGUCGGAGGAUCCACCUCGGCCGCAAAGACAUUUCGCCUUCGAUUCGACAUGAUCGCUACCGAUCGCGGCGGGCAGCAUGCGUGGAAGUCGCCGCGCCUCUCGGGCUCGUACGCCGGAGCGGAUCGUUACCCCUGGCUCACCUGCGAGAGCGAGCCCAUCGCUGUGAUAUCCAAGCCGUCCAAGAAGACCACAAAGGCCAAGACAUCGAGCAGCCAAAUUACCCCGGACCUAGCCAUCUGUCUCUUUAAUCGCGUCAACUCGCAAAACGUCCGCACAAAGUACAUGGCCGUCGACGAUGGCCAGCUCUCGGCGCGCAACGACUCGUGGACCACCUUCCACAUGCGUCCCGUCGUGACCGCGAGCAGCGCAAGCAGCGCGAGCAGCACGAGCAUCAACGACCCCAGCGCCGCACUCCACGCGACCGACGCAGUCACCUACGGGUCCAUCGUGGUCCUCGAAGCUCCCGGCCGCGGAGCCGUCAGUGAUCCGAUGGUGGUGUGCAAGGUCGACAAGGGCAAGAUCAUCGUCCCUGCCGCAUUUGGGGGGACGGCACACGCGCAGGCUAGCUCGUCUGAUUCGUCCUUUGACGGGCCUAUCAGCCAGAUGCAAAAGGUAGCCUUCAUGCGCUACGACCCCUCGUCCGCCACGUCACGCCACGCAACCCCAUCGCGCCGCUUCCUCUGCUCCUCCCCUCCCGAGCCCUGGUGGAGCACCGACACCAAUGCCACGCUCGCCAACGCCACGCCCGCCAAUGCGAGCGCCAGCACCCACACCGCGCAGGCAGCUCCCAUGCGCACUCCGGACGGCUCCACCUCGUCAUACACCCCUCAGCACGGCGUCGUCGGCGCCAAUCGCGGAGAUGCAGGGAUGGUCCCGACCCCUCUCACCUUUAUGCCCCCCGGCCGAGGCCCCAACCCAAACGAGCCUGCCCCCGCCACUCUCGGCCCACGCGACGCAGAUGUGGCCAACGACGCCUUCUGCUGGAGUGUAGUAGGCGCAGCUUCCUUCCACUUCUCCUUCACGCAAAUGGGCCUAUCAGUCGAAUCGGCAGGCGAAGCCCCUGCCCCGCAAGACCCGCCUGGCGUCCUCCCUUCGCUGUGCAAUGUCCCCCGCAUCCUGCACGAGGCGCAUGUCCUCCGCCUGGAGGGGGAGAGACUCGCUCUCGGCGGGCCUGGGGUAUGCUGGAAGGUCUGGCUAGGAGGAAUGGGUCCCCUACCGCAGAUGGCGGAGAGCACCAGUCUCGUGGCAGGGUACGGAAGCGGGGCAGCCGUCAACGCCGUGACUGUGCUGGAUGUCCGACUCCCGGCACUCGAUGCGCUACUACCUUACUGUCGCUCCCUCCGCGCCGUCGCAGAGGAGGACGUAGCAGCGACUCUGCCCACCUCGUUGCCCAUCGUCCUCGUGCGCGACGUGGAUGGGACCAUCGUCAAGACGGCUUACUCGCUGGAGCUCUUUCGCGGGCAGGAGGGGCGAAACAGUCUUGCCUUGGCAGUCGUGGCUGGGUGAGCGUGAGAGGAGGAGGAGCGCAGGUCGCUUCGCUCGCACGCGUACUCGACUCGACUCGACUCGACUCUACUACCUGGCUACCUCGCACCGACCUCGGCCUUUCCCUUCAAACCAUCAGCACCGAUAAUACAGUCGUUUCCUCACCGGCGUGGAUCGCCAAGUCAAUCAAGACCAAGCGGACACGCACGAUCACUUUGUCGUUGCGAGACCUCUCUCACGCACACGCACACGCACGCGCACACGCACGCGCACACUCUUCUCUCUCUCUCCCUCCGCCCCUCUAGUGUCUAUCUCUCUCUCUUGGCCUCUUCGCUCCUCUAGUUCUCGCGAUCCUCUAUUCUUUCGACCCGAUAGUCCUUCCUCGCCUCCUCGCCACCGCACCGCACGCGCCGCCUUCAUCUCGGCCCCCCUACCCCUUUUUUUCCAGCCUCGUUUUCUCACUAAUCGCUUUCUCCUCUAAUUUCGAUUCCUUGAUCAAUUC